ACUGAAGCUGUAUGGAAAACACACAAGGCAAAGUAAGCAUACACCUCUCAAAGUCACGAGGAAACUGCCAUCCUUUGGGUAGACAUCAGUCAAUAGUCUGAUUAGUGGUUACUCAUUGUGUCAAGUGUCUAAAGAUUACCUCCUAUUACCAGGGUUGUAAAUUCUGUGGCGGGAAGCAAUGCUGAACUGCUGAACAGAAAGCACAAUGAAGAUCCAAUUGCACAGAGCUGGAAUAGUUGGAGUGGUCGUCGUCGUCCUAAUGUACGUUGUUAUUUUUAUGAGCAAACAUACUUCGUACGGUUCUUUUCCGAAAGGAAUCUCAGAGGAAACGUUUGCGAGCAGGCUGGACAGCAUUGAACAGAAUUUGCACAAAUUGGAAAAGAUGAUCCAAGAGUCAAGAGUACAACAGGACACCACCGACAAACUUGCUCCUGAUGUGGAUCAACACAAAGCAAAGCCUGAGGUGCCAAAGUUAUAUCCAGACUCUUUCCUGUUUGCUAAAUGGGGAGACGGCCUGACGGCGAUGGAGCAGAAGCAGGCCGAAUCUCUCUUUCAGAUUUAUGGCUACAACGUGUUCCUCAGUAACCGCUUGCCGCUUGACAGGAAGCUUCCAGACACGAGAGACACCAGAUGUCUGACAAAGAGGUACCCUAAAGAGCUGCCCAGCAUCAGUGUGGUGCUCAUUUACCUCAACGAGGCACUUUCAGUCAUUAAAAGGGCGGUUAAAAGUAUCAUCUCACACACCCCAAAGCACCUACUGAAGGAAAUCAUUCUCGUGGAUGACUACAGCAGUUACUAUGACCUCGGAAGACCGUUACAGGACUUUGUGGAUGAAAUCCACAAAGACAAGCCGGCACUGAUUAAGAAAGUGCGGCAUCAUGGUCAAAAGGGCCUGUCACAAUCACGGAUCUCAGGUUGGGAACAUGCGACGGCAGAUGUGGUGGCCAUUUUGGAUGCUCACAUUGAAGUCACAGAGGGCUGGGCGGAACCUCUCCUCGCCAGGAUCAAAGCUGACAGGACAGUAGUGGUGUCCCCGGUGUUUGACAAAAUCCAUUUCGAUGACUUUCACAUGGAAACGUACCUCCCCUCCGCACACGGUUUUGACUGGUCUUUGUGGUGCAUGUACGAGUCCUUCAGCCCGGACUGGCUCAAGAUGAACGAUGAAUCGAGACCUGGGAAGAGUCCUUCAGUCAUGGGAAUAUUUGCUGCUAACAGGGAAUUUUUGGGAGAAGUUGGAGGUCUGGACGGAGGAAUGAAUGUCUAUGGUGGAGAAAAUGUUGAACUCGGGGUUCGCGUGUGGCUUUGUGGAGGAAGCGUCGAGAUUGUGCCGUGCUCCAGGAUAGGCCACAUUGAGCGGGCGCAUAAACCAUACGCCCUCGAUCUCAAUCCUUUGAUGAGGAGGAAUGCAUUGAGGGUUGCCGAAAUUUGGAUGGAUGAAUACAAAAAUAAUGUGUUGGUGGCAUGGAACCUUCCCUAUCAGGAUCAUGGAAUUGACAUUGGGGAUGUUGCCGAGAGGAAGAAUCUGAGGGAAAAAUUACAAUGUAAACCUUUCAAGUGGUACCUGGAAAAUGUGUAUCCCAGUUUGGCCACAUUGGAUAAUCUGCUGGGGUACGGCAUGAUGAGGAACAAUCUACUCGGGAACUUUUGUGUGGACCAAGGAGCUGUUCCAGGAAAUAACCCCAUCCUAUACGAGUGCCACUUCCAACAACCACAGUUUUGCUACUACAACCAAGACAGUGAAAUCAUCAUUGGGGCCAUUAAAUCUCACAAAUAUAACCCAAACCGCUGCCUGGUUGAUUCAGGCUCCAGCAGCACACCCACCUUGCUAAACUGUCAACUGGCAAAGCAACAACAACUCCACAUGCACUGGGACUUCAAACAGGGCAAAGAAAUACAAAACAAAGUGACGAAGAGAUGUUUUGAGAUCAGCCAAGGAGAAAACUAUGAAUAUGUGCUCAUCAUUCAGCAGUGCACUGGACAGAGCUGGACCAUCCAGCAUGUAAUCUCUCCUUUUUAGUUUGUCACUAAAUCCCGUACUUUUUAUACAUCUUUGCAAUGAUCAAAAUUGGGAUAAAGAUGCAAUGACAUAUGUGUUUAAUAGUACGUCUU